AUGGCGUCAGGCUCAGGUACUCGCUCGAUGGAGUCCCGUACGGGUAGGACCAAACAGCGCUACAACUCGAAGGGUGAGCGACUCGUCGCUGGAGUUGUGCCCCUCACAGAGGACAGGAUGUACGUGCUACUCAUUCAGUCGACCCGUAGAAAAGGUUGGGUUCUCCCCAAAGGAGGCUGGGAGUCGGACGAGGAAUGCACCGAAGCCGCCGAGCGUGAGGCUUGGGAAGAGGCCGGUGUCUCCAUACAGAUCGACUAUGACCUGGGCGACAUUGUCGACUCGAGACCGCCCAAGAAGGUAUCAAAGGACGCCCCGAAGUCAUUGUACCGCUUCUAUGAGGCUACCGUCCUCAGGGAGGAAACCGAGUGGCCCGAGAAGCACAAGCGGGAAAGACAGUGGUUCACCUAUUCCCAGGCCAAGGAGGCCCUCGCCGCUCGGCCAGAGCUCACCGAGGCACUCGACUUGUCUACCAUACACAAAAUAUGA